AUGUACUUCUCAACAACAGCUAUCGUUUCGGCCAUUUUCGGUCUCGCCGCCGCUCAAGGAGGAAUGCUCAGAAUGCACGUUGUCCAGGUCGGCGGACCCAAUGGCUCUUUGGCCUUUUACCCAAACAAUAUCGCGGCUCAGCCAGGCGACAUGGUUCAGUUCCAGUUCCACCCAAAGAAUCAUUCCGUCGUCCAAUCCACCUUCGACAACCCUUGCAUACCCAUCCAAAACGUCAUGCCCAACAAGACCGACGCCUUCUUCUCUGGUUUCAUGCCUACCAACGCUUCCUUCACCGCAACGAACCAGGUCCUGACCUACACUAUUCGUGUUCCCGACGCGAAGCCCAUCUGGUUCUACUGUUCUCAGGGCAAGCAUUGCCAGAAUGGUAUGGUUGGAGCCAUCAACGCACCCGCAGCCGGUAACAAGACCAUCCAAGCAUUCACUGCCCUUGCUGCUCAAGCCUCGGAGAACCUGUCUCCUGGCCAACCUGCUGGAUCCGGUGGCAUUACUGGCAAUACACCCACCUCACCAUCUGCUGGAAACGGCGCCGACUCUGGCAAUGGACAAGGAGGUGCUGCUGGCGGAAAUGGAGCUGGUGCUGGAGCUGGUGCCGGAGCUGGAAGCGGAAGCGGAACCGGUGCCUCACCUCCCCAGACUACUACCAGCAACGCCUCUGGCCUCAGCACACAAUCCUUCGUCAGCGUUGCUGCUGCUUUUGUUGCAGUUGCCUUUGCUUCAUUGUAA